AUGAAUAUUAAAAAGACUCGAGUUAUUUUUGUAGACAAAUUGUUUCAGAAUAAGAAUGUGACACCAAGAAAAGUGAAUAUAGAUUUUAAACUAUUAACAUUGUAUUUAAAAGCUGGAAAAAUCUUUGGAGUUUCAUAUUAUUUUAUGGCGGAAAAAAGAAGGAAUAACAAAUGUAACACAUUCUGUUUUAAAAUCUUUGGUAUUUUUAUAAGUAUAAUAAUGACAAUUAUGUCUUAUCUGAUUUCACAAGCUAAAUACGGUCGUACAACGCAUCCUGCAAUGAUUGCUGUAUUGAUCAUGUUGAGAAUAUCAUCGACAAUGUUCCUUUUAUAUUACGUUUUUUCGUUGUUGCUUACAAAGAAGAAAUACUGGCAAAAGCUUUACGACAAAAUAUUUACACUCGAAAACAUUUUGAAUACAUGUGAAACUUUCGAGAGCAAUCACUGGUGGCUGGUGAGCUUAAAAAUCGUUAUGGUUUGCUCUUUCUUGCCCUUAAUGGGAAUAAGCUUGUGGUACGUGCAAAACUUCAUCGGUGCAGAAACCUUAACAAUUCGAGCUGUGGUAUUUCAAGGGUGUGCCAACAGCGUAUACAAGAUUCUAAUUUCAUUAUAUUACAUUCUCUUAUCGAAUUGGUUAGAAUAUCGCUACAAAUCGAUGGCAGAAUAUUUGAAAUUGGUAGUUGAUAAAUACUAUAAAUUCGUCGUUAUAAGAAGAAUCGCUGUAUCAUUGAAAUUGGCAGACAGCAUUGUCAAAAUAACGAAUAAUUUGUAUGGAGGAAUAUUAUUUUUGAAUUUCAUUGUUAGUAUCCUUCAGAUAUUGGUUAAUAUUUCGGCUACAUUGGAUUAUUCGGAUAUAAGAGGUAUAGAACUCGUGUUAUUCAUAAUGACAUCUGUAUGCAAUUUGUUUGUUAUGGUGCUGGUUACGAUGUCAUGUGACGCUGUAGAAAAAGCGAGUAAUCAAUUGUCAAAAACAUGCUACUGGUUACACGAAAUAAUCGAUGACGAAGAAGUUAAAAAACAAUUACUUGUGUUGGUCAAAUACGAAGAAGAAUGGAAUCCGAUUUUUUCUGCUGGUGGAUUUUUUAACGUUAACCAAUCAUGUCUGACGACAUUUUUCUCAUCUAUUUUUACGUAUUUGGUUAUUAUUGUGCAGUACAAUAUGGGCAAUAAUUGA